GUCAAGUUGCGGGUCACCGAGCCCGCCAUGAGUCGCAUUAGCACAGCAUCAGCAGCGAAACAAAUCGCUCGCCAGGAGCUUGGGCCGCGCUGCGAGUCUGUCCAGAAGCUAUGUGGCAUCUCACCGGAGCGUGGCCUGCCCGGCGGCUUGCGUGACGAGCACUGGCACGGCGAACACGAGGGCACCGCCCUUCAACAAUACCGGGCGGCUACAGCAUGUAUGCGAACAGCUGCGACGAGGUCAGCUGGCGGGAGCUGGCGGGAGCACAACGCAGAACCGGAGGCGACGCUGGACCCGGUCAUCUUGGUGGCCAGCCAGGAGGCCUGGUACCUAGCGUGCGGCGGUGCAUCGGCAGUCGUGUGGCGUGACCGGCAUCGCACCUCCGCCCGAUGGGUGGUGAUGCGGUGCGCUGACUCGAAGCGCCCCUGCGCCGACGCCCGGGAGUAUAUUACGCGCAAUCCAACCCGAGCUUCGUGGGCACCGGUGCUGGAGGUGCUCCAUUGCGCCCACAAGGGCGCUCGCGACUGGGAGGCCCGCCUGCUGCAAACCCUGGGCCUCAGUACGCCGCUGGACAAGCACGUGCAGCACUGCACUCGUGGUGGUGGCGGCAACAGCGUGGUGGCUCGGAACGAUGAGGACUCGUCUGACGGCCGCGAUGCGUCCGAGUCUGACACUACUGCCGGGAACGAGGACUCCGAGUACAGCUCUGGUGACUGCGCGGAGGCGGACCUGGCGGUGGCGCAGCGCGGCCGGGCUGAGGCGUGGCGGCAGCGGUCAGCUGACGGCGCCGCUUAUUCGUCGCGGCAACCUGCGCAGUCGUCUCGGCCGCAGCAGGCACGAGCGCUGACGGAGGAGCAGGACGACGGGGUCGCGCAGCACUGGUACGGCUUGACGCGGAGCCUGUUCCGCCACCACAGCGACGCCAUCAUGGCGGCGUGUGGCAAGGACGAGGCCGACCGGGCCGUGGUUCACACACUGGCGUGCCAGGCGGUCGCUGCUGCUGGCGUGGAUGUGGAGGCCGGGCCAGCCGUGCGGGGCUGGCUCGCGCUUGAGCUGCUGCGGCUGGCAGAUGCGCAGGUCAUGCAGACGGGCGGCAACACAUGCGGCAGCUAUCACGCAGAGUGGCCUGCAGCAGCCAAGGAGCAGGCUGUCAGCUCCCUCCUGCACACGGGUGGCCGCGGGCGCCGCGAAGCCAGUGACCUGGUGGCGGCGGCUGCGGCAGCUGAUGUGCAUGUGCGGUGGAUCCAGCAGGUGCUGCUGGGCCUCGACUGGUUGGCGCCGGCACGGGAGCGGCCACCUGUCAGCCUCCCGUCGCCGCCGCGGGCUGCUGCUGGCGUGGCAGCUUCUCUGGACGCCGCCACGGAACGGGUGGGCGAGGAGGAGGCCGGCGCAGGGCGGCAGCCAGAGGAGGAUCGCGAUCCGCAGGACGCGACAGGCUUGAAGCGGCGGGGCGGCGGCGGCGGUGGUGGCCGGGGUGGGGCCGCGGGCAGCAAGAUGGCCAACCUGAUCCUGUUGGUGCCGGUGCUGCUGGUCGGAGCUGCCUCUAAAUACAGUCCGCUGGAUGCCGGCGCCGCCACGCCGAGGGCCCCACUUCCACCGCGUGCAAGGAACUGUGCGGUUUCGCUGCACGCUUCUGGUGGUCGCAUGGCGGGCGCGGGUAGGUGAGGCCGCUGGAAACGUUACCGUGCUGGAGAGCGUGGCUCGGGCGGCUGCCGUCCUGACUGCGAGGACGAAGCAAUCGGCCAUGGGCGCGGCUCUGGACAACGUUGCGGUGAGCGUGGUGGCGUUUCUAUGCGGGCCCGAGGGCACUGAGAGGGAGAAGCAGUUGGUUGAGGUGAAGGGGCUGCAGGCGCAGGUAGAGGUAGCCAAGCUGCAGGCGACGGCGCGGGCAUUGAUGCACGUGGCGGCCGUCUCCCAGGCGAGCCCGCCCAAGCCAGGCAAGCGUCACAACCUUCCGUGAGGCAGUUGGGUUGAGGCUUUCGGCGCAAUCUGUUGGACAUUCUCGGAGUUAGUAUGCUGAUGCGGUUGCUGAGUUGCUGCGGAUGGUGCAACGCGGAUGGUGUAUUUAUGUGCAAAACCUUUUGGGCCCACACAAGCCAGGGCUUCUGUCGCCUCGGUACAUCUGCAAGACACCAACUCAUGAGCGCACGCGUGUUGUAAUCGUGUCAGGCU